UUCGGCCACGAUGUAUGCAUACUAAAUCUCAAUUUUAGAGGUAUAUUUUGGCGGAAAUUUAAAGUUUUAAUUAAUUUCCAAAGAGAUGGCACGCAAAAAAAUCCUUCCUCCCAUUUUAUAAAAUUGAAUUUAAAAAAAAAUAUUUCAAUUUUAGCAGAACCUACCAACUCAGCAUUGCGCAUGAGUGAAUUCCUUUCUCGAGCUCGUACAAGAAUAGCUGUUGUUUCAAGUGUUUCUUCUUCUUCAAUUCCUUCUUCCACAUCUCAUCCUUCCAUCACUCAUCCACCAAUUCCUUCUCCAGAUGUUGUUGGAACUUCAAAUUCCCCCAAAUAUUUUAAAGAAGAGUUUAAUGAGGAGAAUAAAAAGAACAAAAAAAUAAUAAAAAAGAUGAAAAUUGAACAAGAAAGCAACAACAACAACAACACUUGUUCAAUCCCAACACUAACAUCUCCUUCAAGUGAAGACAUUGGAAUUAAAAAUUCCGUAAAACGUCGCAAAAUGAAUCGAGUAACUUGUCAACAACAAGAAGAGGAACACAAUGAAAACGACGAAAAUUUUGUUUUGCCAAAACCUCGUCCUUUACGUCCACAACAAUUAAAUAAUGUUUAUUCUCUUCCUCAACCUCAACAACAAAUAUUUUUGUUACCUUCAAGUUUUCCUUCUUCCUCAACUCAACAAACAUUUUAUUGUUGGCCAAUACAACAACAACAAUCUCUCCAACAAACAUUACAAAAUCAACAAACCCAUAUAUUUACAACGCCAACAGAAUUAUUUUUAAACAAUUCUCCUUUGAAUUCCUCCUUAAAUUACUCAUUAAUACCACUACAACAACAACAACAUCCACAAAAACAUUCGCAAAACAUUAACAAAUCCCCAUCAAAAAAUCCUCCAAUAAAUGUGCGCCAUUCUGUCCAGUCAAUUCUGGGUUAUACUAUUCAGAAUCUAAACGGAAACACUUCUUGUCAACAAAACCAACAACAACAAGUAACCCCUCCCCAUCCACUUUCCUCAUCCAUAUCCUCAUCUCCUAGAGCAUUUAGACCAUUACACAACAAGAAUAAUAAGUAA